AUGACUGAAACUGCAAAUCAGUUACUAAGUCGCGCCGUCCCUGUUUGCACAUGGCAGACUCCAGGCUCAACUGCUUCAACUCAUCCAGCUAAUCCCCUCUUUCCAGAAGUCGCGAGAGAAUGGCGUUUCUUCUCCCGAAGUGUUAAUUCGUACCGUAAUAUUCCGGGAGGACAAUUUCAAGUAUUUCCAACUGAUGCACAAGACCUAUGUGUAGAAAGAGAUUCAACACUUCGUUUUUUUACUAAUAUUUUAUGGCCUAUUAAAACACUGCUAGGAGGAGCAGAAUUUCAUACGAGACGUACUGAAGUAUUGGGUGCCCCCGAUUACAUUUUAUGCACUAAUAACCCUACAACGGCCAAGAUGCCUGUGGAGGUGCAAACUCGUCACAAUUUGAGGUUAGGUGAUCAUAACCUCUGGGAAGUUUAUCGAUAUGCCGACCGGAAUCAAAUAGAGGAUGAAAAUUUUCAAUUUAAAAAAAGAAUUUUAUCUCAGGUGUUUGGCCAAAUGGCUUGCAAUGGCCUUCACUUCGGCAUUUUGACAAACUAUUCUGAUACAUACUUUCUCAAACGACUGGAAAAUGAACCAACCAACCUAUAUGUUUCUCGUGUUGUUCAUCCUGAUAGUACCAAUCCGACUUUACGCGAGUGCGUUUACUACAUCUGCCAGCAAGCUAUUAAUGACAAUGUUGGAAAUAGAUUGGAUCCUGUAUCGGAUGACGAUAAGAGGAAGAGUUCUUCGGAUCUCGGUAGCAGGAAGAGAGUGAUCGCAUCAUCUUCCAAAAGAAUCACUAGAAUAGGUGAAUACAUAGGUGGCGGAACCUUUGGGAAAGUUUUUUCAGGUUAUUAUGAUGGUCAACUCGUGGCAUGGAAGACUUGUGAUGCGUAUAAAGAGCAAGAAGCGACAAAAAUGCUAAAACAUGAGGCUCAUGUUUAUUCUAUUUUGAAAGAAUGUCAAGGUCGUGCUAUUCCACAUUUGUUCCAUCAAGGUUAUAUUUAUGACGGAUAUCUUUUUGCGUUAGUAUUACAAUUAAUUGAGGACGCCCAUCACGUUGAUCCGGAAAGACUCACUAAAGAGGAUAAAACAUCAAUAGUAAACCAGCUCAAGUCAAUACAUAAUUGUGGCGUCCUACACAAUGAUAUCUCCAAGCAAAAUGUUUUAUAUGAACCAAAGAGUCGCCAUUAUUUUUUCAUUGAUUUUGGCUUGAGUGAGAUCGUGGACAACGAGUCGGCAAAAUUACGCAAGGAAGAAAGAAGAUUGAAAAGAUUUUUACAACUUUAA